UGGAACCGGCCGUCAGCGGGCACAGCGCGAACAGCAUAGUUAUGACGCGAAAUGUGCUAAGAGUGUGUAGCGAUUGCGCAAUACACGCUAAACCGAGGCUAGUCCCAAUCUAGUUAGUGCCCAAUGACUCAAGGAGUAAUUAAGAUUUUAGAGUGGGAGAGUCAUCAAUUGGACUAACCCGAUCAGGCUACACGUCUUGGAACUCAGGGGUUUGAGCUCAGAAGCUGAUCUCGGAGCUGAAAAAACUGGUACGCGCGAGUUGGAUGAGAAAUCCUCGAGGCAGCUCAGAGGCAGAACAGCGGCCCUCGAAUAAAUACUUUCGCGGUGCCCCCCCGGUCGGUCUUGUUUCUGUCCAUCCGCGAUCUCUGAAGCACCUCCCUGACUCUACCCAGUCGUCACCAUGUCUGCUCCAAUUCCUCUCGCCGACUCUAUCAACAGUGCGCGCUCCGACGAGAAAAUCGAAGGCCAUCUGGCAGACAUUGGCAUCGACCGAUCGUCUGACGAGAGCGUCUACUACGCCGAAGAUGACGAGCGCGACCCCGAUGUCAUCCUCGCUCGAUUUCUGAAGCUCGGCACCAGUGCCUGGACGCCCGAGGAAGAGGCCAAAGUCACGCGGAAGACCGACUGGCGUGUGAUGCUGUGGGCCUGUAUCAUGUUCUUCUCGCUCGAGCUCGAUCGUGCCAACAUCUCGAACGUGUUGACGACUGAUUUCCUGGAAAACGUGAAUAUGACUACCCAGGACUACAAUCUUGGCCAGACUGUGUUUCUGAUCACCUUCUUGGUGAUGGAGAUCCCCUCGCAGCUGCUCAUUCGGUACCUCGGGCCCGAGGUGUGGCUUCCGUUCAUGAUGUCUGCUUGGGGAAUCGUCGCCAUGUGCCAGGCAUUCAUCAAGAGCCGAUCGGUGUACUUGCUUCUUCGCGCUCUGCUCGGUGCCUGCGAGGGCGGAUUCAUCCCUGGUCUUGUGCUUUACCUGUCAUCGUUUUACAAGUCACACGAGCUGGCUGUCCGAUACUCCUGGAUCUGGAGUUCCUCGCAGCUGACGGAUGUGGUCUCUUCCCUUCUCGCGGUCGGAAUCCUGCAGAUGAAGAACGUUCACGGAUGGUGGGAUUGGCAGUGGCUUUUCCUCAUCGAGGGUCUUUUGACCGCUGUCAUUGGCAUCUCCACCGCGUUCGUCAUGCCCUCUGUGCGCAAGAAAAACAUCUCGCGCGUCUACACCCCUCGCGAGGUCGCUAUUCUCCGCGCCAAGGUCCUGCUUGACGACGAAUCCAAGCUCCGCUCGCUCGAUCGCCACCCGCACUUUUCGUUCAACAUCCGCACGAUCGUCAUGUCGCUCUUCGACCUUUACCUGUUCCCGCUCUACUUUUUGGGAUUCUUUGGCUUCAUUCCGUCGUUGCAGGGCAAGUCGUACCUGACUAUCAAUCUCAAGGCGAUGAAGUUCACUACUCUGCAGAGCAACUUGCUCGCUAUUCCGGGCUCGUUGAUUUGCAUCGUCUGCAUGCUCACAAUCUCCAAGAUCUCGGACUGGAGAAAGACUCGAUGGGUGUUCCCUAUCGUUGCGUCGCUUUGGGUUAUCCCGAACUUGAUUGCAUUGAUUGCUCUACCAGACGACGCCUCGCGUUGGUCGCGAUACGUGUGCCUGACGCUGAUUGUCGGAUACCCUUACUUCCACCCGAUCAUGAUCGCCUGGAUCUCGCAGAACUCGAACGACCACGAGCACCGCACGAUCGCGGCGGCAUGGUACAACAUCUUUGUGCAGUGCGGCAAGAUCGCGGGAUCCAACAUCUACCAGGCAAAGGACAAGCCGUUCUACCACACCGGUAACUCGGCGUUGAUUGGUAUUGCUGUCGCGAACGCGUUGACGGCUGUCGGAGUGAAGGUUCUGUACUCGUACACCAACAAGAAGAGAUCUAAUAAGUUGGCGGAGAUGACGCCCGAGCAGUUUGAAGAGUACCAGAGCUCGACGAAGGACAAGGGCAACCGUCGUCUCGAUUUCAAGCUAUACACUUAAAAAUUUGUUCUUGAUCAAGCAUCUGCAUUUGCUGAUAUAUAUAUGUUUUAUUUGUUUAUGUUUUAUAUGUUCUAUAUGUUUUCAGGAGGGCUGCUUAUGUUAGAAUAUGUUGGAAGGUCCGGAUUGUUUGCUCAUGUUUAUGUUUCAUAUAUUGAUUUUGGGAUUCUUUGGCGUUAUGCAUCAGUUAUGUCUAGACUUUAGAUGAAAAAAUCAUUCAUUAUACAGAACUA